AACGGGUGCGGUUGGUGCAGGCAACGUCCGCUCCACGGGAGUAGCAGAGAGUGUGGCCCUCAUGGCUGACGACGCCAAGCCCGACGCGGACACCCUGCAGGUGCUGCGGGACCUGGCCAACCGCCUGCGGAUCCACUCCAUCAGGGCCACGAGUGCCUGCAGCUCCGGCCACCCCACGUCGUGCUGCAGCGCGGCCGAGAUCCUGGCCGUGCUCUUCUUCCACACGAUGCGCUACAAGCCCGCAGACCCCGAGCACCCGGACAACGACAGGUUCGUGCUCUCCAAGGGCCACGCGGCCCCCCUCCUCUACGCGGCCUGGGCGGAGGUGGGCGACGUCAGCGAGUCGGAGCUGCUGAACUUGAGGAAGAUUGACUGUGACUUGGAGGGACACCCCACGCCGAGACUGCCCUUCGUGGACGUGGCCACCGGCUCGCUCGGGCAGGGGCUGGGCGCCGCGUGCGGCAUGGCCUACACCGGCAAGCGCUUCGACAAGGCCAGCUACCGCGUGUUCUGCCUCCUGGGCGACGGCGAGGCCUCGGAAGGCUCCGUCUGGGAGGCGCUGGCCUUCGCGUCCCACCACGGCCUGGACAACCUGGUGGCCGUCUUCGACGUGAACCGUUUGGGACAAAGUGGCCCCGCGCCCCUGGGGCACUGCACUGACAUCUAUCGGCAGCGCUGCGAAGCCUUCGGGUGGAAUACUUACGUGGUGGAUGGCCACGACGUGGAGGCGUUGUGCCACGCGUUCUGGCAGGCCGCCCAGGUGAAGAGCAAGCCCACGGCCGUUGUUGCGAAGACCUUCAAGGGCCGGGGGAUUCCCAAGGUCGAAGAUGCAGAAAACUGGCAUGGAAAGCCCAUGCCGAAAGAAAGAGCGGACGCGAUCAUCAGGUUAAUUGAGAGUCAGAUACAGACCAACAAGAAUCUCAUACCAAAACCCCCCAUUGAAGACUCACCUCAAAUCAGCAUCAAGAACAUAAGAAUGACCUCUCUGAUCGAUUAUAAGGUGGGCGACGAGAUAGCUACUCAGAAAGCAUAUGGUUUGGCUUUGGCUAAACUGGGCCACACAAAUAAAAGGGUUAUUGUCCUGGAUGGUGACACGAAGGACUUCACCUUUUCUGAGAUAUUCAAGAAAGAACACCCUGAGCGUUUUAUCGAGUGUUUUAUCGCUGAGCAAAACAUGGUGAGUGUGGCACUGGGCUGUGCCACACGUGGUCGAACGAUUCCUUUUGUUAGUACCUUCGCUGCCUUUUUGACUCGAGCAUUUGAUCAGAUCCGGAUGGGAGCCAUCUCUCAAACCAAUAUCAAUCUUAUUGGUGCCCACUGCGGGGUAACCAUUGGGGAAGAUGAACCCUCCCAGAUGGCCCUGGAGGAUCUGGCCAUGUUCCGAAGCAUUCCCAACUGCACUGUUUUCUACCCAAGUGAUGCUGUCUCCACAGAGCAUGCUGUUUAUCUGGCUGCCAAUAACAAGGGGAUGUGCUUCAUUAGGACAAGCCCAUCAGAAACUGCAGUGAUUUAUACCCCACAAGAAAAUUUUGAGAUUGGACAGGCUAAGGUCGUCCGCCACAGUGUCAAUGACAAAGUCACCGUUAUUGGAGCCGGACUUACUCUGCAUGAAGCCUUAGCAGCUGCUGAUGAUCUUUCUGAACAAGAUAUUUCUAUCCGUGUCAUCGACCCAUUUACCAUUAAACCCCUGGAUGCUGCCACCAUCAUCGCCAAUGCGAAAGCUACAGGCGGUCGGGUUAUCACAGUGGAGGAUCACUACCGAGAAGGCGGCAUUGGAGAAGCUGUAUGUGCAGCUGUCUCUGGGGAGCCUGACAUCUUUGUCCAUCAGCUGGCAGUGUCAGGAAUCCCUCGAAGUGGGAAACCUAGAGAAUUGCUCGAUGUGUUUGGAAUCAGUGCCAGACACAUCAUAGCAGCUGUGAAAUAUACUUUAACGAAUUAAAAUAGCUAUGUUCUUUCAAAGUCAAUCUCUUGGCUUGGGUCUUAAAAUGCUGUUAUCUAUCUCUAUAAAACGUUCAUGCCUGAUGUUACAAAAUUACUUAUAUUGUAUUUUU